AUGAAAAACUUCGUGGUGCUCCUAUCCGCCGCGUCAAUUGCGUGCGGGCUCCAACUGCUUCCACCAGCAAGCUCGACACCAGGCCACGCGCCGCCCAGCGGAUCCUUCGACCUCGCAUCAGCUCCCAAGUCGAUUUAUAUCGACAGCACCUUUGCCGCAGUUGCAGAUUCGCAAGGCCUGACUCUCAUCCCACCUACAGCUCUCAGUUUCGCAGAGUCAUUCCGAAGCGAUCUCUAUGAGCUCUUUGGUGCCAAUUGGACUUUGCACAAGGUCGACGGCAUCCCCAGCAAUGGCAGUGGCAUCUUUCUCGGCGGUUUCACCGGAAACCUCUCGCAGCUGACCUACGAGGAUGGAAGGCCCACGGAAGAAGGCUACGAGCUCACUGUAUCCAGCAAUCGUGUCUACAUUGCCGGCGCGGGUGCCCGGGGCAUGUGGUGGGGAACGCGUACGCUCCUGCAGCAGCUGCUUCUCUCCAACGGCACCGUCCCUGGCACGGCCAUCGUCGAUGCUCCGGCGUAUGCCACUCGAGGCUUUAUGCUUGAUGCAGGCCGGAAGUAUUAUGCGCCGUCCUUCUUGAAGGAGCUGUGCACAUACGCGUCGUUCUUCAAACUCUCCGAGUUCCACUAUCAUCUGAGCGACAACUACCCCUUGAACCGGGGCCACAACGACACCUGGAAUCAAGUUUACUCUCACUUCUCGCUCCUGCCCGAGGACGAGUCGCUGCACGGCAUCGUCGAGCGGCCCAAUGAGACGCUUUCGCGCGCCGAUUUCUCCGACUUCCAGCAGCAUUGCGCCUCUCACGGAGUGACGGUCAUCCCGGAAAUCGAAGCCCCUGGCCACUGCCUGUACUUGACCAAAUGGAAGCCCGAGAUGGCCCUCGACAAAAAGGACCUGCUCAAUCUGUCCCACCCGGAAGCCAUCCCGACAGUCAAGCGCAUCUGGUCCGAAUUCCUGCCGUGGUUCCAUACGAAAGAGGUGCACAUCGGCGCUGACGAGUACGACUCGACCCUCGCAGACGACUACAUCGGCUUCGUCAACGAGAUGUCCUCCUUCAUCCAAUCCACAUCCAACAAAACCAUCCGGAUCUGGGGCACCUACGAGCCCUCAGAGAACCUCACCAUCUCCAAGGACGUCAUCAUCCAACACUGGCAAUACGGCCAGUCCGACCCGGUCCAGCUGCAUGACGAGGGCUACCACCUCAUCAACUCCGAAGACUGGUGGGCCUACAUGUCGCUCAAGAAUGACCACAUGCCCAUCAACCCGGCCCCCUACCCGCAGUUCUUCAACACAACCCGCGUCUUCAACUUCGCCGACAAGCCGGACUGGCAAUGGACCCCCGCAGACUACAACCCCGUCAAUACGACCCAGCAGCUCCCCGCCGGCGCCCGCGCCAACAAAGGCGCCAUUCUCGCCGCCUGGAACGACAACGGGCCCGACGCUACCACCCAGCUCGAAGCCUACUACGCCAUGCGCCAGGGCAUCCCGCUCGUCGGCUCGCGCGCCUGGAGCGGCCGUCGUCAACCCAACAACAACAUCACGUCCGCCGCCACUCUCUCCGCCACCAUCGACUUCCUUGCUCCCCUUGUCCCAGGCCAGAACCUCGACCGCCGCUUCCAAGCCCCGGCAUCCACCGCCAACACAAACGACAACGACCCCACGCUCUUCUCCUGGACGCGCGCCUCCACCACCAACACCAACUCCACCACCGCCCCAAUCGUCCUCAACCCGGACGACAACGCCAGCAUCGGCCCACCAUACACCCUCCACCUCACCGCCACCGGCCCCUUCGCCCUCCGCGGCCCCGACACGGUCCUCGCCCUCACCCCCUCCUCCUCCAACGCCUCCCACACCCUCCUCACCUUCACCACCGCCGACGGCUGGCCCUACCCCCUCCGCAGCGUCUCGGCCGCCUCCGCCGAAGCGGGCGAGCGCAUCUGGGUCAACGACACGACGUCGACGCACGAGCCCGUGCGCAUCGCCAAGCUCGACGGGGGCCGGGGCCGGCAGCAGCAGGCGGUGGUGAAUCUGACCGUCGCGACGGACGUGCUGCGCGGGAGCCGGGUGUGGGUGGACGGCGUGUUCGCGGGCCGGUUCGAAGUCUUUGUGUUCGGCGGGCGGAAUCUGGAGUUUAGCUGGAGCCAGAUGGCGUUUGUGGCGCCGGUGGGGGAGGUGGAGGGGCUGGGGGGAGGAGGGCUGGUGGGGGUGAGGGGAGGAGGGCUGGUGGGGGUGAGGGUGGUGAAGGGGGUGAGUGAGGUUCCGGCUAGUCCUGGUGAAGAAUGA